UCCAUCUCAAGUUGCACCGGUAGCUAGUCCAGCACCACCACUAGCAUCGAUCGUACGUACAAGAGUACUAGUUGCAUCUAGUUGGAGUAGCUAGGGAGACUACUGGCAGCAAGUGAUCGACCGGCAUGGCCGGAGCUACUGCUGCCAAUGGAGGAAGCGCGGCCGCCGCUGCUGGUGCGACGGGGGUGGGGUCGCCGUGCGGGGCCUGCAAGUUCCUGCGACGGCGGUGCGUGCCAGAGUGCGUGUUCGCGCCCUACUUCAGCAGCGACCAGGGCGCGGCGCGGUUCGCGGCCAUCCACAGGGUGUUCGGCGCCAGCAACGCCUCCAAGCUGCUCUCCCACCUCCCCGUCGCCGAUCGCUGCGAGGCCGUCGUCACCAUCGCCUACGAGGCGCAGGCAAGGCUCCGCGACCCCGUCUACGGAUGCGUCGCGCAGAUCUUCGCCCUCCAGCAGCAGGUCGCGAUCCUGCAAGCGCAGCUGAUGCAGGCCAAGGCGCAGCUGGCGUGCGGCGUCCAGGGCAGCGCGCACUCGCCGGUGAGCCACCACCAGUGGCCGGAUCACAACAGCAUCAGCUCCCUGCUCCGGCAGGACACAGCAUGCAGCGCCAGAAGACCCGGGGCCCUUGACGACUGCUUCCCCCCCGGCGCGCUCUUGCCGGAGCUCAUGGCCGGCUUCAGGGACGACGUCGGCGUGCAGCAUUGCGCCAAGGCGGACGCAGGGGACCUCCAGUACCUGGCCCAGGCCAUGAUGAGAAGCCCCAACUACUCCCUGUAGAUCGAAUAAGGCCAUUUUAAUUUGCUGCCGUCUCCACUUGACUAAUGCAAGUGCCAGAUCUAGGAUUCAUGGAAAAGGAGAUCGAUUAACAUGUACUCAACUUUCUUAUUAUUAUCAGUGUUCUGAUCUUAAUUAGUAGUAGAAAUCAUAUA